GUAAGCCAGCCGCAUAGCCAACCUUUCAUUUCUCUCUCUCUCAAGAGCAGAGAGAGAGAGAGAAUGUGUGUAACCGAGAACCCAAAUCGUGAUUCCACAGAGUCCACCUUAGAAUCUGCCGCCAAACACGUUUCUUUUACUGAACUCCGGGGAAAUCGCUAUAGAAUGAUUUUUGUGUUCUACUAAUAAUAGCAAUAGUAGUAGCAACUGUAAGGUACUAUGGAUUCUCUUAUGGGCAAUUUGUGACCAAUAUAAAGGUUAGAUUCAGUUUCUCAGCGGGAAUCUUGCAUAGACCAGUUGGGACUUCUUUUAGAACAUCUGCAAGAAGGUGAAACGUGUGGCUGCCCGCCUCAUGGUUUGCCUCUUGAAAGAUUAGUUCCGUGAGAAAGCGCAAGCAUUUAUUUGCCAGUGAGAGGAGUUCUGCCACCUUCAAACUCUGCAAAGGCAACCACCCAAAAGAGUUUGGUUGCUAGCGAAAGGAGAUAAGAUGUAUAUAGUGGAGGACAAGGUUGGAGCCAUAGCAUUGAUGUUAGCUGCCCUGUGCUUCCUGGGUACAUGGCCUGCGGUGAUGACUCUUCUGGAGAGAAGGGGCCGACUGCCUCAGCACACAUAUCUCGACUACUCGAUAACAAACCUUUUGGCUGCCGUUAUAAUUGCUUUAACAUUUGGACAGAUCGGUGGCAGUAUGCAUGGCAUGCCAAAUUUCUUUACUCAACUCACUCAGGAUAAUUGGCCAUCUGUGCUGUUUGCUAUGGCUGGUGGAAUUGUUCUCAGCCUUGGAAACUUGGCGACGCAGUAUGCAUGGGCUUAUGUUGGCCUAUCAGUAACAGAGGUGGUUUCAUCAAGCAUGACAGUUGUUAUUGGUACGACUAUGAACUACUUUCUGGAUGAUCGCAUUAAUAAAGCUGAGAUUCUUUUCCCUGGUGUUGCAUGCUUCAUGGUUGCCGUCUGUCUUGGAUCUGCUGUGCACUCCUCCAAUGCAGCUGAUAACAAAGAAAAGCUUAGUGGGUCAUCAUCUGCUCACAUUGUCAUGACAAGGAGCAUCAUGGAUGAAUCUGGCAACAAAUGUAAUGAAGGUGAAGAUAUUGAAAACUCCUUGGAGAAGGGAAUCAAACACUCUAAGCUGACUAAACCAAAUGCCGGUACUGCAGAAUUUCUGAUAGAACUUGAGAAUACAAGAUCAAUCAAGGUUUUUGGAUCCAGCACCAUCCUCGGAUUGGUGAUUGUGAUUUUCUCUGGCUUUUGCUUUUCACUUUUUUCACCAGCAUUCAACCUUGCCACAAAUGAUCAGUGGCACACUCUAAAAAAAGGAGUCCCACACCUCGUUGUUUACACUGCCUUCUUUUACUUUUCAGUAUCCUGCUUUAUUGUUGCCAUCAUUCUCAAUGUUAUCUUUCUCUAUCGUCCCAUACUUGGAUUGCCUAGGUCUUCUAUAAAAGACUAUCUUAAGGACUUCAAUGGCAGAUACUGGGCCUUUUUAGCUGGCCUCUUGUGUGGGUUUGGUAAUGGUUUUCAAUUCAUGGGUGGUCAAGCUGCUGGAUAUGCGGCAGCUGAUGCUGUUCAGGCACUGCCCUUGGUAAGCACUUUCUGGGGAAUAUACCUGUUUGGGGAGUACCGGAAAUCAUCAAGAAAGACAUACAUGCUGCUAACAGGCAUGCUUUUCAUGUUCGUUGUUGCUGUAGCUGUGUUAAUGGCAUCAUCUGGACACAGGAAGUCAUAGUUACAACCAUGAGGACAUGAAAAAGAAAAUUAGGAAAAAGAGGUACCAAGAAAAGGAAUCCCUGGUAGAAUAAUAUGUAUAAGAGAAAAAGAAAAUGAAGAUAAAAAAAUGUCGCAACAUCCAUUUGCAAAUCUAUGGCCUUAAAUAAGGUAAAUCAAUGUUCAUGUAUAUGGUUAGUUGUCUUCUAUAAUUUCUUAUAACUCUUUCUCUCUCAUUAGAUAGUUGGUUUCAGGUUUGAGUGUACGCCAUGAAGAUUUCUUACCUCUUUGAUUCGUCAACAACAAGAGUGUUUUCAUAAUUGGUCAAUAAAAGCCAACCAUAGUUCUCAUGAUUCUAA